AUGCCGCUCUGCCUGCUCUCUGCGUCGGUCGCUGGCACCGCGUCGGUCGCUGGCACCGCCUCGGCGGCCGAGGUCGCCGCCGUCCUCCAGCCGCGGCUCACCUUUGCUCCCGACGGGCUGCGCGCGGCCGAGGCGGCAGCGCAGGCGGAGGCCGCUGGCUCUGGCGUGGCGGCGUGGCAGGCCGUCGCCCGCACCGUGACGGCGCUGCAGCGGCUGGACUGCGGGCACGACGCGGGCGUCGACGGCGUCACCACCGCCAAGGAGGCCGAGCUGCUCAACGCGACCGAGGCGAUACUCGACGCGGCGGCCGGCGGCGAGCCGCUCGCGAUGUCGGCGCUGGGGCACAUGUACCUUCUGGGCGACCCGUGCUCGCCGAAGCGGAACCUGACGUGGGCGACGCACUGGCUCGAGGGCGCGGCCGCCGCCGGCCAGCCCUCCGCCCUCGCGAUGCUCGGCUUUCUGAACGAGAGCCGCGCGCUGUCGCGCGUGUACAACUUCAGCUAUGCCACGCCGGCCGCGCUGACGGCAAGGUACCCUCCGGCGGGCGGGGGGGCGUACGCGCAGGGGCGCGCCCUGUACGAGGCCGCCCUCACCUCGGGCGGCUCCGUCCUCGCCUCGCUCGCCCUCGGCUCCCAGUACUCGAACGGCUUCGCCGGCGUCGCCGCCUCGUGUCCCGCCGCCGCCGCUCACUACGAGGCUGCGGCAGCGGGCGCGAUGGCGCAGCUGGACGAGAAGCGGCAGCGGACGGUCGAGCAGGGCUGGCUCGACUCGAGCAGCGAGGCGCGCACGCUCCUCCGCAAGCAGCCGGCCGCUGCUCGCGAGUCUGGCGUCGACCCCGCCUCUGUCGAGUACAUGGACUACUGCGCGCACGUGGGGGACGUCGCCGGGCAAGUCGGGAUGGCGCACCUCUACCACUCCGGCACGCACGGCGUCCCGCGCGACACGGCGGCGGCGGCGCACUGGUUCGCCGCCGCCGCGGCGAAGGGCGACCCGAUGGGCCACGCCAACCUCGGGCUGGUGCGGCUGCGGGCGGGGGACGGCGCGGGCGCGCUGCCGCCGCUGAGGCGCGCCGCCAAGCGGAGCGACCCGUCGGGGUGGGCCGGUCUCGGGUACGCGUACUACUACGGGCUGGGUGUGAGGCAGGACUACGCGCUGGCGGCCAAGGCCCUGUCCGCCGCCGCCCGCCUCGGCCACCUGGACGCCAUCUUCAACCUGGGCGUGCUCGCGCUGCGCGGCGAAGGGAUGGAGCAGUCGCUGCACAAGGCGGAGCGCUUCUGGCGCGUGGCGGCCGACUUUUCGCACCCGAUGGCGCAGUACUACAUCGGCAGGAUGAAGGCGCGCGGGCUGGGCACGCGGCGCGACUGUGAGACCGCCCUCUUCUUCCUGCAGCACGCCGCCGCCGCCUGGCCCGCCGGCAACGGCUUGCUCGAGACCGGCCUUGCCGCCCACGAGGCGGACCGGCCGCAGCGCGCCCUCGUGCACUACCUGCUCGGAGCGCACGCGGGCCUCGAGCCGGCGCUGCACAACGCGGGCUUCCUGUACGCCGAGGCGAUGCCGCGGCGGCAGCCGCAGCUAGCCGCCUCCUACCGCGGCGCGGCCUCCGAGUACUUUCGGCGCGCGGCCGUGCUCGGCUCGGUGGACGCGUCCAUCCGGCUCGCCCUCGUGCUCUCCCAGGACCUGACGGCCGAGCACUCUGCGAGCUCGUGGAGGCUCGCCAACGAGCUCUACGCGGAGGCGGCGCGGCACGGCUCGGCCGACGCCACCUGGCACCUCGGCUACAACUACCUCAAGGGGCGGCCCGAGAAGCUCCUCUUCUCGCUGCUGCGCGCCGUCUACGAGGCUCGCGUCUUCAUCGUAUUUGCGGCGCUCGGCUCCUUCGUCCUCGCCACAGGCGGCAAGCGCGCCCCCGGCUUUGGCGCCGGCGCCGCCGCGACCGCUGUCUGGCACGAAGACGACGACGCCGCUGCAGACGACUUUGACGAGUUUGACGACUGACUCGCCACGCUGCCGUCGCUCGUGCGGCGGGGUCCGGCGCUAGACGCAAAAAAAGAAGAGGCAUCGUUUGGCCUCGAGCGUUUGGCCGCUGUGUAUCGCGCGCACACGUCUGCGUCGAGGACGUCGUGUCGUUUUGACGAGUCUCUGGACUCUGCAUGCGUACGUCUGACCAUUUUUUUAGAACGGCAA